ACUUCCCCUCUAUCUCACAGCUUGCCUCCUGUUUCCUAUAUUGUUCAGGGCUCCAGAUGCCACCCUUAAUGUGACACACGUCUAUUGUACCUGCAGGGCUGGGAUUGGCUACUGAGUGUGGGAACCUCUGCUCAGCCUGAUCCUCACACAUUAUUAUGCAAAGAGAGGAGUAUAAAGAGGGGCUGCAUCUCCCUGGGAUCAGAUAUCACAGGACACUCUCCCAGCUCCCCAGCUCCAUCACAUCCACUUACUAAAAAGGAUGGCUCCUUACAACGCUAGCAGCAUGCUCAAUACUGAACACUGUCACAAGGCACAAGGAAUAAGAAAGAUUAGAAAACCAGUGGUUGAAAAAAUGAGGAGAGAUCGGAUUAACAGCAGCAUCGAGCAGCUCAGGAUGUUACUGGAGAAAGAGUUUGAGAAACAUCAUCUCCCAUCCAAACCAGAAAAAGCUGAUAUCCUGGAGGUGGCAGUGAGCUUCCUGGAGCAGCAUAUGGCUUCCAAAUCACAAUCAUCCAACCGAUCCCACAUGGAAGGCCACUCUAGAUGUCUCCAGGAUUCUCUGCACUGCCUCUCCCCAAAACACUUGGGUUUUCCAGAGAAGCUUCUGCACAAUAUCUAUGUGGAUAGUUCUUUGACAGUCAGUCCUCCUCUGUCACCUUUGUACCAGACCCACACAAAAUGCACAACACCUGAAGCCGACAAAGUUCUAUGGAGACCAUGGUAGACACUACAUGGACUAUGGUUUCUAAUGCAGCAUCAUUUGGUUUAUGCUGUCUUGUAAACUCUUCAGGGCAAUUGCAAUGGGACAAAUUUAACCUUUAAAUGAAAACCUUAAUGGUUGCUAUUUAUAAGCAACUCGUUUAUAAUGUAAUCCGACAUCACUGUCUUAUGUAAUAUGUUAUAGGGCAAGAGGUGUGUAUCCAGUAAGAUAUUUCCUAUAGAAAAACAAAGUUGCCUUCUAAGAAGGAAAGUAAUUGCAUUGUAUGAAAUAUUUCAUGUAUAUUACAGUGUAAUUUUAGGUAUAAUUCUCGUCAGUUCAGGAUGUGGUUUUAAGUGGGUAUUUGCUCUCUAUAACAAACAAGGGAAAGUUGUGCUCACCACUAUUUUUUAAAACCAUUAGGCGGGGUUGCAAUGAGGCUGUGACCACAAAAUACAAAUAGUCAAAUACAAGAGUCCUCUGCACUCAACCCAUU